AAUUGGGAACAGAGAACAAUUUACAGAUUAAACAAAAGAAAUACAUUCCGGGCGCUUCGGCCUACCGCUCGGUCAACUUUAAAUACUAAACUACAUUUGACAUAAUUAUUAUUAAAGUACAAAAAGUGAAACUACUUGUUAAUAUGCCUACGUCUACCUCCUUUACCUUUUCCAUAACUCCACCCCUUUUUUUGUUAAUACUUAUUACUGUCCACCCUUCACUGUCACUCUCUUCUUCUGCUUCACUCCUGAUCACCUUGUUUACCUAUAACCCGCUUUUUACCUUCUUUUAUUUCUUCUUCAUCAGAAGAUGAGACCGCAAAUUUUGACCCGAAUACUAACGUAAUUUUUGUUCGUGAAGAUUCUUCACGGUUGCAUCUAUUAUGUGACAGUGUGACAACGAUAAAAUUAUUACAUACUGCUAUAAUGCACUGAGAAAUGAAUCUUUCGAUUACAGCGCAGAGUGGUAUAUUAUGAAAAUGAAGUAUAAUGGCAAAAGUGACUCCUGCGGGACUAUUUUAUUUUUAUCUCUUACUAACUUCGGAAUUAUAAUACAGGUCUUGUUUCGAAAAAGUUCUCUUGAAUUAGCAAAUAUUAAAGAAAUAAAAAGAAACAAAAGAAUCUACCCUCUAUGUCGAGACAUUAUUUCUGAUCAGCUUAU